CCGUUACUUCUUCUAAAAAAAGGAAAAAAGAAAAAUCUCAGAAACCCUCAAUUUGUUGUUUGCCUCUCAAACGCGAUUGGAUUGUGCAGGCGCCACUGAUUGGGACAGCCUAUCAGCAAUCACCUUCAUCUUUCCGCCAAAGUCAACUCCAUGGUCAGAUAAUGAUUUAGAUAAGAGACGAAACCAUGGACGAAACAAUGGAUGAAGACGCAGCAGGUCCAUCCCGGGAAUGUGCCAACCCGUGGCCCCACCUCGCCAGACUAUUUCAAUUUUCUGAACAAGUUAAUGAUAGUUUUCGCUUCAGGUGUUUGCUGUGUUUACCAAAACAGAACUUCAUCACCGCCUACAAAAAUUCAUCCUCCAACUUGCGGAAGCAUGUCAAGAGAAGGCAUGAGACACAUCUGGAGGAAUACUGUCAACUGACUUCAACAGCCUGCAAGAGGCCAUCAGAAGGUGGAACAGGCUUCAAGGCGAAGCAACUGAAGCUGCUGGAGGCCAAGCAGGUGUCUCAGAAGACGGUUGAUCGGGCUAUCCUCCGCUUCAUCGUUCAAGGUCUCCAGUCCUUCUUCCUGGUUGAGACACCAUCCUUCCAAGACCUUAUUGUAGAAUUACAACCGAGUAGUGCUGUCAUGUCCCGCACAACUGUGCGGGGCAAGAUUGAUUCAGCUACAUCUAAAAUGAAAGAACGUCUCAAGAACGAAAUGAAAAAGGUACCAUACAUUGCCACCACUACUGAUUGUUGGACGGCCAGGAGAAGGAGCUUUAUAGGUGUAACAGCCCACUGGCUCGAUCCUUGCAGUUUUGAACGUCGUUCAGCUGCCCUUGCUUGCCGUCAACUAAGGGGCUCUCACACAUUUGAUGCCUUGGCAGCUGUUUUGACCGACAUUCAUGCAGAGUAUGAAAUAAGUCUAAAGGUUGUUAGAACUACAACAGACAACGGGUCGAAUUUCGUCAAAACGUUCCGUGUCUUUGGUCAGCAGGACGAAAAUAACAAUGAAGAGUUAGUUGCAGAAGACACAAUCGAAGAAGAAUUAGGAGAAGAUUGUGAUGCAUCUGAUAGUGAAGAGGAGGUGGAAUUCAUGGAUGUGGAAGCCAUUCUGGAGGAAGAUGAUGGGCUUCAGUAUCAGCUGCCGAAACAUCAUCGGUGUGCAUGUCACUUACUAAAUUUAGUUUCCACAGUCGAUGUUGAUCGGGCUAAUAAGACAGAAGCUUACAAGAAAUUGUCCAGAUCAGCCUUUUCUAAGUGUCAGGCACUCUGGAAUAAAGCAUCAAGGUCUCCUCAAAAUGCAGAGCUUGUAGAGGAACACUGUAAGCUUCACUUGGUACAGCCUAAUUCAACUCGAUGGAACUCCUCUUUCAUGGCCGUGGAACGUGUGGUCAGAAUCAUUAGAGACCAAGGAGAGGGGUCUGUGAGAACGGUCUGUGCUGCACUCAAUGUUCCAAUGUACAGUCCGGCUGACAUAGCCUUUUUAGGGGAAUAUGUCAUCACCAUGAGUCCAGUUGCAAAGUCUUUGAACAUACUACAAGGAGAAGUCAACAUUCAGAUGGGCUGGCUGCUCCCGACAAUCACCACCCUCACAACCAAGCUUAAAAAGUUUGAGGAAGCGGUUUGA